UGCUGUAUAUAUAAAGCCCAUUCCUCUUACUUCUUCACAUCCUCAGCAAGAAAACAAAAAUGGGUCUCUUUCUUUGCUUCCUCUUCAUUAUUAUCUCACAUGCAUCUGCUUGCAAUCCUUGUAUUAAACUAACCAAGGCUUCUUAUUUCUCCAAACGAUCUCCACUUUCGUUAUCAUAUGGUGCUUGUGAUUAUGGUCCAAUUGCUACGAACUUCUAUGGUGAACUUCUUGCAGCAGGAUCUCCUUCACUUUUCAAUCAUGCAUUUGGGUGUGGUGCAUGCUUUCAGAUUAGAUGCAAGGACCCAGUUCUCUGCAGUGGCAAUGCGGUACAAGUGGUGUUGACUGAUCUCCAUCACAACAAAACAGCAGACUUAGUUCUCAGCAGUGGAGCCUUCAAGGCCAUGGCCAAGAAUGGCAAGAGCCAACAGCUUUUGAAAGUUGGCAUUGUUGAUGUGGAAUAUAGUAGGAUUCCUUGUGAAUACAAAAACCAUAACUUAUCAGUACUAGUGCGUGGUUUUAGCAAAAGACCAAGUUACUUGGCAAUCACACCAGUUUAUCAAGGUGGUCUAGCAGAAAUCACAGAAAUCCAGAUACAAAAGGUGAAUUCCUCAAAGUGGACCUCCAUGAAGAAGAAACUUGGAGCUCUGUGGGGUGUCAAUAUUAGGCAACAUGAUGGGCCUUUAAGUUUCAAAUUUACAGUGACAGUAUAUGGCAGUAAUGUGACUUUCAAGGCAGAAAAUGUGCUCCCUGUUCACUGGGAAAAUGGGGGAGUCUACGACACAGGACUCAACCUUGCCAAAGUUGGAUUCAAAUCUUGCCCUCCGUGCACACUCAUGUAUUGAUUCUAACCAUUUUGAUGGGAAGAUAGUAAGAAUUUUGUCACUGCAUACUGAUAGGAGAAUGAUUUACAGAAUUGUGCAAUUUGACAUUAUUGAUUAUUAGUUUCUCUAAUAUGUUUUUUUCCUAGUCUAUCAAUAAAGUUGACCACCUUUGA